AUAAUGCACGUGAUUUCAUCUGUCUUUCAGUUGGAAAAGUAAAGGUCCCAACAAAUUGCAGAUCAUGGCUUCUGAUGCUAGUCAUAUGCUUGAAGCAGCUUUGGAGCAGAUGGAUGACAUAAUUGCAGGUACAAAGUCAGCUGCAGAGUAUGCUAAUUGUGCUUAUGAUAUUGUGUCACCUGCUCCAUCAGUAUAUUUGGGCACAUUUCAAAUUUUGCAUCUCCUGGAAGAUCUAAAGAUGGCUUUGGAAAUGUUAGAGGAUCCUCAAGAGAAAGAAGCACUGCGAAAUCAAAUUCCAGGGGCCACAGCAGUAUGUAUACGGGAGUGGUUUGAAGAGAAUCUGGUGAGUAUUUAUUUUUAACUUUAUCAUUUUGUUUGUUUGUAAACAGCCUUAGGUCAAGUAUUUUCAUGCUUCAGGGACUUUUAUAAUGACUGAAAUCUGUCUUCUUAGAGAACUGCAGCAGAUAUUAAGUAAACAUAAAAAGCUGUUGAUAUUACCACUUUAUGAGGUGAUGACUAAAUGGACACAGGAGUAUGAAAAGUUGAUAGACCUUAGGUUGUGUUGGAUGUAGUAAAAGCAAAGCUUAAAGUGAACUUUUCUGUGACAUUUUUUGCUUUUAUUUGUUUUUGUUGUUGAUAUUCAUCCUUUGCUGAAGAUAACGUAUGAGUGUAUAUAUAAAUAAAGUUUUUCAUUUUUAAAUCUAUCAGUUUGGAAUUUGGUGAUGUUGUCUGAUGAAGGAAGAAAUAAGAAUAAGAUGGAUGAUUCUUUAUCCUUUUGCUUGCUACCUUUCCUUUGCCUUAGUUGUUGGUGUUCUGAAACUCCAACGUAUAUUCUACACCAGGCAGUGGUGGUAAGUAAAAAGAGCCCUAGCUUCUGAGUGAGAGAUGUUAAUAUUGGGAUAGAUAGGGAAUAAACAUUUGGCUGUAUUGAAAGGACUGAGCCUUAUCCAGAUAAGGAGCAUAUCUUAUAGCACAGUAUAUUGAGACCACUGUGUUCUUAAAGUAUUUUGCCCUGUUUUGUACUGACAAGUUGUACAUUUAUUUUAAGGAUAUCUAUAUGCAUGAGGGGAUUUGAGCAUAGUGAGUGUGAUUUUUUUUU